AUGGGUGUGCUUGCCGCCCAGCGAUCAUCUUCGCGCGGUCUUGCUCGCACCGCCAUCGCUUCUCAGCGAUGGUUGAGCACCGCUGCUUCGGCUUCUCGCGUUGCUGCCGCUUCGUCGACCGCCUCUUCUACCCAGCUUGAGUCCGCCAAGGCUCGUGCCGCUGCUGCGCCCGUCGUCGCCCGAUCCUACUCGAGCGCCGCCGCCCGCGAGAAUGCUUACGACAGGGAGACCAUCACUCGACUAUUGUACUCGCUCGCCUCGCGCAAGGAGGUCGAGAGGUACCUGCGCAUCUUCUCUGCCGCCGACAAGUUUGCCGUCAUCAAGGUUGGCGGUGCCAUCCUCACCCACCAGCUCGAGGAGCUUGCCCUCAGUCUCUCGUUCCUCCACCGCAUCGGUCUCUACCCUAUCGUCCUCCACGGUGCCGGUCCCCAGCUCAACGAGCUGCUGGAGAAGGAGGGUGUCGAGCCGGACUACAUUGACGGUAUCCGCAUCACCGACGCCAAGACGCUCAAGGUGGCGCGUCGCAUCUUCCUCGAGGAGAACAUGCGCCUUGUCGAGAAGCUCGAGUCGCUCGGAAGCCGUGCUCGCCCCAUCCCCAUCGGCACUUUCACCGCCGACUACCUCGACAAAGACAAGUACGGCCUCGUCGGCAAGAUCAACAAGGUCGACAAGGAGCCCAUCGAGAGUGCUAUCCGCGCUGGUUGCUUGCCCAUCCUUACCUCGCUUGCUGUCACCAACGACGGUCAGAUCCUCAACGUCAACGCCGACGUUGCCGCCUCGGAGCUCUCAAAGACGCUCGAGCCGCUCAAGAUUGUCUACCUCAACGAGAAGGGCGGUCUCUACCACGGCAAGACCAAGGAGCUCAUGGAGGUCAUCAAUCUCGACGAGGAGUACGACGACUUGAUGAAGGAGGAGUGGGUCAAGUACGGCACCAAGCUCAAGCUGCGCGAGAUGAAGGAGCUGCUCGACCACCUGCCCCGAUCGUCGUCGGUGGCCAUCAUCUCGGUUGACCAGCUUCAGAAGGAGCUCUUCACCGACAGCGGUGCUGGUACGCUCAUCCGACGUGGAUACAAGCUGUACCGCAAGAACAGCAUCGAGGAGGUGGGCGCUGAGCGCAUCCGCCAGGUGCUCAAGGAGAACGACGAGGAGAUCAAGGACGGCCGCAAGUCAGUCGCCGAGUUCUUCUCAGAGAUCUCGCAGCACCCCUACACGGUGUACGGUGAUGAACCUUUCGACUGCGUUGCAUUUGUCUCGCAGCCCGAGGGUGAGAUCCCAAUCCUCCAGAAGCUGGUGACCACGCGCAACGGCGUGCUUAACGGCGUCAAUGACAACAUCUGGAAACAGAUCCGCAAAGACCACAAGCGUCUCGUCUGGACCUCGCGCGCCGACGAUGACCAGCGAGCGUGGCACUACGAGCGCGCCGAUGGCUCGUUCACGCGCAACGGCCGCUCGCUCUUCUACUACGGCAUCCACGACGUUGCCGAGGUGGAGGCUAUCGUUCGCAACCUCGAGGAGAAGAGCCGCAUCGAGCGCGCCUACUUGCCUCUCAAGCCUGCGAAGCCCACCUCGCCCAGUGGAACGCGUGGUUUCUCGACCAUGGCCCGCCCCGGUCUCACUUCUUCGCGCGUGAUGGCCGGCUCUCGCCGCGGCUACGCUACCGCUGUGGAGCGCAGCGGGCCGAUCCCCGCCUCGACUACGGACAAGAAGCGUGUCGCGCUGAUUGGCGCUCGAGGCUACACGGGCCAGUCGCUGAUUGCGCUGCUCAACAACCACCCGCACAUUGAGCUGUCGCACGUCUCGUCGCGCGAGCUCGCCGGUCUGCCGCUCAACGAGUACACCAAGGCCAAGGUCAACUACACCAACAUCGGUGUGGAGGACCUCAAGAAGCUCGAACGGGGCGAAGGACCUGGUGCGCCGCCCGAUGCGUACGUCAUGGCGCUUCCCAAUGGCAUCUGCAAGCCGUUCGUUGAGGCUGUGCAGCAAGGCGGGAAGGACAAGCCUCAGGGACAUGGCGUGAUUGUCGAUCUUUCCGCCGACUACAGGUUCCAGGAGGAUUGGACGUAUGGUUUGCCAGAAAUCUACGGGCGCAAACAGGUGCGCGGGUCGAAGCUGAUCUCGAACCCGGGGUGCUAUGCUACGAACAACCAGGCGCUCAUUGCGCCGCUGCUGCCUGUUCUGGACCUGUCUGCGGGGCCGACGGUGUUUGGUGUGUCGGGCUACUCGGGCGCUGGGACCAAGGCGAGCGAGACGCCGUCGGGUGAGCGCAAGACGGUGCCCAAGAUUACGCCGCAGGACUUGGCGGGGGGGAUUCGGGCGUAUGCGCUAACGGACCACAUCCACGAGCGCGAGGCGGGCCACCAGCUGUCGCGCCUGCUCCCCGCCGGUGAGCAGCCGGUCAAGGUCGCCUUCAUCCCGCAUGUCGCCCCAUGGUUCCAGGGCAUCAUCAGCACGCUCUCCGCUCCACUCAAGCAAAAAAUGACCAGUCGCGAGGUGAGGAAGCUGUACGAAGACUUUUUCGCCCAUGAAAAGCUGGUAAAGAUCCAGGACAAGGUGCCGGAGAUCAAGGAUAUCGAGCUCCAGCACGGCCUCAAGAUCGGCGGCUUCCAGGUGCACAGCGACGGCAAGCGCGUCGUCGUCGUCGGCGUCAUCGACAACCUGCUCAAGGGCGCCGCGACCCAGUGUCUGCAGAACCUCAACGUCGCGCUGGGCUACGAUGAGACGGCCGGCAUUCCUGAGCUCAAGUAA